AUGAGACUGUCCAGGCCGCUCUAUCGAGAAACCGCGGCCAAGCCGUGCAGAGCGGCCGGCCGAGGAAUAAUGUUUCGCGGUCGGCCAAAGUCCAAACUAUCCGUCCAAGCUCCGGCCGAGUACACAUCACGACCCGGGAAGCAAUGUCCCGCGGUCGGCCAAGCCACAACCACUCAAGACGAUGCCGCGCACGACCAUGCCGUGCGAGCCGGGAAGCAACGCCUUGCUGCCGCGCGACCUAACUCACGUACUACGGCCGAUGGCGCCGUCCAAGCCGGAAAGCCACGCCUCGCGUCCGGUCAAGAAACAUUGACCAAUCCUUCACCCGUCCGACCACAGCAGCCGACCACGAAUUCUUCCGGCCACGACCAAUCAGGGAUAGGAAAGGGAAGACCUGAUCCCGCGAUCAAGUUUUUGGCGCCGUUGCCGGGGACCAAUUCGCACCUACAAGCUCUUGCAAGAGAGCUAAUAUGGAGAAGGAUUCACAAGUCCUUGCCCUAUAAAGGCGAUCCACUUCGCCACAUACCACCUCAAAGAGACCUCUUGACGAACAAGAGAUGUCAAGCCCUCAAGCACCACCACCUUCUUGGGAUAGUCCUCCAAAACUAUCUCCUUGAAGACAAGAAGAAACUUCUUCCCUACCUUGAAGCAGCCGACCUGGAGACGUCUAGCCAAGCCGCAUCUUACAGAGAAGAACACCUUCUAGCCACACCAGAAGAGGAGAUUGACCCUGAACUGAUCGAGUUCGUGAAGAGAGAUCAAUUCCAUGAUCUGUUUUCAGAGUAUGCGCUGGAGCACAUAGAUCACUUUGAUAAUCUUUGUGAUUCCUAUGGAGUUUUUGACUUUGAGAAGAAGAUGAUGCUAUUCAGCACAUCACUAGCUGGACCAGCACUAGAUUGGGCGCAGCAUGAGCCACUUCUACAAUCGAGUCAUGGAUCGAUUUUAGAGAAGCUUUCUUGA